AUGUCACACGACCCGUUCCAAGAAGCCCAAGCCGAUGUGCUCUCCUUACUACAACAGACGCGCCCUCUUCUCCAGUCAUAUCUACGAAUACGAUCAACAGCGUCAAGCGCAAAUGCACCGGAACUUCGAGAAGCCAGAGAUGAGCUCGAGAGCAACCUAACGGAUCUGUCGACAGACCUGUCAGAUCUGGUAGCUUCAGUCAAGGCCGUUGAAGGAGAUCCAUACAAGUAUGGCCUCGAUGUGACGGAAGUUGGGCGUAGGAGAAAGCUCGUUCGGGAUGUGGGCAGCGAGAUUGAAGACAUGCGACGCCAGAUGCAGUCCACCGUGGCUGCCGCAGAUGCGAAUCAUCUAGUACACCCGGAUCAGUUUGGAAUGCACGACGACGACGGCGAUGAAGACUAUGCUGCUUGGGAAGAGCAGAGACAGAUGGAAAUUAUGCACGAGCAGGACGAGGCUCUGGAUGGUGUCUUUCAGACUGUCGGGAACCUCAGGGCGCAGGCAGACACAAUGGGCCGUGAAUUGGAGGAGCAAGCAGAGCUGCUAGAAGACACAGAAAACAUCACGGAUCGAGUGGGAGGGAAGCUGGCGAGUGGCAUGAACAAGAUUCGCUACGUGAUUGAGAAGAAUGAGGAUCGAUACUCGAGUUGUUGUAUCGCAGCCUUGAUCUUUGUGCUGAUACUGCUGCUCAUACUGGUGCUUGUUCUCUGA